AUGAAUUGUAUUAGCAUUAAUGUGUGUGGAAUAGGCGAAGACUACAAGGUCGAAUGGGUGAGGAGAUUAAAGACGCAGCAUCGUGCCUCCUUUGUGGGGAUACAGGAGACACAACUGGUGAAUGUGAAUGAUAGAGAUGUCGCAGGAUGUUGGGGCUCAAUAGAUUUUAGCUACUCGGCAAUUCAAUCUCAAGUAUCUGUUACUGCACUCCCAAGGGAGAAGGAAGGCUUUGAUAAUGUUUUUGCCAGUGCCUGGCUCAAUUUUAAGGGGUAUGGUACGCCAGAUUACUAUCUGGUGACCAAGCUCAAAUUCUUGAAGAAUAAACUUAAAAAAUGGAGAGCAAAUGAAUACCCCAAGGAGACAGUUGAAUUGAAGAAAAUCAAACAGCAGGUGCAUGAUAUUGAUUGUUUGGCGGAGAGGCGACAACUUAGUGAAUUGGAGAUGAAUGACCGGCGAUCUGGAAUACAUAAAAUAAUUGAAAUGGAGAAAUUAUUGACUUUGGAUCUGAAACAAAAAUCCAGAAUAAAGUGGGUGAUAGACGGUGAUGAGAACACAUCUUUCUUCCAUGGAUAUGUGAAUAACAAGCUUAGAAAGAGCAGAAUAAUGGGGCUACAGAUUAAUGGAUCUUGGACCACAAAUGUAGAGACUAUUAAACAAGAAGCUUUCAAAUUUUACCAAAGAAAGUUCCUGGAGAAAUGGCCAUCGAGACCAAAGUUGUUCAGCAAUAAAUUCAACCCGCUGGAUGCAAUUGACAAAGCCCAGCUGGAAGCUCCAUUCACCAGGGAAGAAAUCAGACGUGCUGUAUGGGCAUGCGGGAAUGAAAAGGCGCCGGGCCCUGAUGGUUUUUCUUUCUAG